AUGACUGCUUUACUUUGGAUCAAACAGCCGAGUUUGCAGGCGAACGAUGAACAACACGACCAUCAACAUCAUUACAGACCUGUGACAGGCGUCACAGGUACCUUCGCCAUGAUGGGCGAUCCGUCCAAAGGACAAGCUGAGCCUGGGUGUGGGGAAGCUGAGGCCGAAAUACAGACCACCAAGAAAGGAAUCAUUUUGAAUCCCCAGCCGUCCAAGAACAAAAGAGACCCUCUAAACUGGCCCAUUUGGCGCCGAGAUAUUGCAUUGAUUGUUGUGGGGUGGCACUGUUUUGUGGGCGGUGGUCAGACUUCCAUUCUGGCUGCGGGUAUGUCUGGGCUUGCUCAUGAAUUUGGGCGCCCUCUGGGUCAAAUUUCAUAUCUGGUGGGUGGUAUGAUGCUAGCGCUAGCCGCGGGUUCGGUAUUAGCAUCUCCAACCGCUGUACUUUUUGGUAAAAGAGUCGUUUACCUUGUAGGGAUUAUCGUUUUUUUCGCUGGUAGCAUAGGCUGUGCGUUGUCCACAAAAUAUGAGAGUCUCCUGGCCUCGAGAGUGGUAUGUGGGCUCGGCGUUGCCACCAUCGAGUCUCUACCUUCUGCAACUGUGGCAGAAAUUUAUUUUGCGCAUGAACGGGCUUACAGGUUAGGCUUCUACACUUUACUGCUGCUCGGAGGGAAAAACUUGGUUCCAUUGCUCGCGGCCUUGGUUUUUCAAUAUCUUAACAGGCAUUGGUUGUUUUGGAUCGUCGCCAUAAUCGUCGGGAUGAAUUUUUUUUUGCAUCUUCUCUUUGUUCCUGAAACUUUUUGGGAUAGAGCACCAGUUCCCAGCAAAAGGUCACUUGAGGAAACUGAGGUCGCACGAGCUACUGAAUUGGCCAGUAUCACUCAAAUCACUUCGGAUAAUAAUAACCGUGAAAUAGACGGGCUAUUCAAUACCCAUGAUGACGAUACUAGCCUACAUCACGCUGCCUCUCCGGUACCGCUGCAGGCGGAUAUGACCUCUGGUACGCAUAAAUCUCGGUCACGUCGAAGUUCUCUAUUCAAGGUUCCUUCAGCGGUCAACUCUCUUGCGCACUCCCACUUAACAGCUGGACUGGGGAUUUUUCAUGGCCGACACAGCAACGACAAAUGGUAUAUGGUUAUGGUGCGUCCUUUCAUCCUUUUUGCAUAUCCCGCAGUAUUAUUUGGGUCAUUCCUCUAUUCCUUAGCAAUUGUUUGGUUGAUCAUGUUAUCACAGAUAGUUGAUGAAGUAUUUUCUCUUCCUCCUUACAGCUUUUCGUCGACAUCCGUAGGUCUAGUAUACGUCGCGCCUUUUAUAGGGGGGAUUUUGGGCUCAAUGUGUGCUGGGAGUUUAAGUGAUGUCCUCAUCAGGAUCAUGGCCAGACGAAACUUUGGGAUCUACGAACCUGAAUUCCGUCUUCUAAUGGUAUUUCCAGCAUGUUUAGCUACAGCUCUGGGCUUAAUAGGGUUUGGGUGGUCCGCUCACAACAGGGAUCCAUGGAUUGCCCCUACAGUGUUUCUCGGGGUGGUUGGUUUCGGUUCUUCGUUAGCCAGUACUACGGCAAUUACAUAUACUGUUGACUCUUACAAACAUUAUGCCCAAGAAGCUCUGGUUACCUUGAAUGUGCUCAAAAAUGUUAUGGGGUUUGCCUUUUCCUUUUUCAACGCCGAUUUUAACGCUAAAAAUGGGUAUAAAACAGCGUUCGUUGUCUAUGGCUGCGUCGAGAUUUUCGUUGGCCUUUUCGCCAUUCCACUUUACCAUUAUGGAAAGAAGUGUCGCCACUGGACAGAUACUCGCGGCCUACUGAGUUUCUCGUAUGUUGGUAAAGACAAUUUAGAUUCGUCAAGUAAUCAAGAAUCCGCUUACGAAAAGCAUGAAAUGGUGGCAGAGUCUAUUUGA